AAUUAAAUUGAAGGAAGAAGGAAGAGAGAGAGAGAGAGAAAAAAAGAGGAGUAUAAAAUAAAGGUUUCUGAUUUCCAUAAUUUCGACUAUUCGUACGUCGACGACGAAGAUAGAAAAAUUCAACAACAAAAGUCUUCACACGAAUAACCAACACCAAGACGAAGAAACAAGAACGAAGAACGAAGAACGCAUUAGUUGAACACACAAAAAGGGUGUGACAAUACCUAAUUUCAAUCUCAAUUUCGAUUUCAAUCUCCAUUAAUUCUUCAUUUUUGAGCUCCGCAUUUUCUCUCUCCUCUGCAAUUCAAUUAUCGGCGAAAUUUCUGGUAUUUAUUUUUUGUUAUUGACGAAAUCAAAAUUAAACGGGAGACAAAAUGAAGACGUCGUUGAAGAAAUUGCUUAAUCAUCAUAAUAAGCAUAACAGCAAGGAUAGAAAAAUUCAGCCUCUUGCUCAAUUGGAUGAGCUUGCGAAGGCUUCCGAGGCUAUGCAAGAUAUGAGAGACUGCUAUGAUAGUUUGCUCUCCGCUGCUGCCGCGGCAACAAAUAGUGCUUACGAGUUUUCUGAAUCAUUGCGGGAGAUGGGUGUUUGCCUUCUUCAGAAAAUUGCAUUGAAUGAUGAUGAAGAAUCCGGUAAAGUAAUGUUGAUGCUUGGUAAAGUGCAGUUUGAACUUCAAAAGCUUGUUGAUAGCUAUCGAAAUCAUAUUUUUCAGACAAUCACAGUUCCAUCAGAGUCCCUUAUAAACGAGCUUCACACCGUCGAGGAAAUGAAGCAUCAAUGUGAUGAGAAAAGGGAGUUAUAUGAGAUCAUGAAAACAAAUUACAAGGAAAAAGGAAGAUCUAAAAGUGGGAAGGGAGAAACAUUUUCAUUGCAGCAACUACAAGAAGCAAAAGAUGAAUUUGAUGAAGAAGCUACCUUAUUUGUUUUUCGUUUGAAAUCUUUAAAACAAGGGCAGUCCAGAAGCCUUCUUACUCAGGCAGCACGCCAUCAUGCUGCUCAGCUGUCAUUUUUUAGGAAGGCUCAUAAGUCUCUUGAGGCAGUUGAACCACAGGUGAAUGUGGUUACUCAUCAGCAACAUAUAGAUUACCAGUUCACUGGCCUUGAAGAUGAUGAAUCAGAGGAUGUUGAAUAUGACGAUGAUAACGGUGACUUUGAUUAUAGCAGCGUCUCUAGCAUGGAAGAUGAUGAAGAAUUCAGAUCUGAUUAUCAACGUAAUGAUCGGCAGCCCGGUUUUUCUUCUGCUGCAAGAAAUAAUAUGGAGAAAAAUGUGAAAGAUAGCAAUGAAGAUUCAUUUAUAAGAGAAAAGAGGAUCCUCAGCCAAUCAGCCCCACUGUUUACUCAGCGGAAAUCUGAACCAGCUGAAAAGAUAAAACAAUUGCAGCCAUCGUCAUCAAAGAAGUUCCAUUCUUAUGCUUUGCCUAAACCAGGUGAUACGAGUAGGAUUUCUGCUAGAUCUGAGAAUCGUGUUUCAAGCACCAAGCCAAAUCCUUUGCAAGCUGAAAAUUUAUAUCAUUCAUCCCCUCUGGUGCCCAACACGUAUGAAAAGCUUGUACGAACUGAAAAUUUGUCUGGGCCUAUCAUCCUAAGCUCAAAGCCAAUAUUGAAAGAAAGCAAUAAUAACAGACUACCCCCGCCUUUAACUGAGAGUAUUUUAGCGCAGCAACGGAAGCCUGAGAUCGCAUCAAGUAGCAAAAAACUCAAAUUACAAUCCUUUUCUGGUCCUUUGACUAGCAAGCCCUUGUCAACUAAGCCUUCAAUAUCAGCUGGAAAUCCUGUAAUUGCAGCUGGUGUUCCGCCAUUUUCCUCCGGACCCAUUUUGAGGAGUUCUGUGCAUCGGUCAUCUUCUUCCCCAGUGAUAUCUCCUACUGCCUCACCAACUUUUACCUCUCCAAGAAUAAGUGAGCUUCACGAGCUUCCUAGGCCUCCAUUGAACUUACUUUAUAGACCUUCAAACACUACUGGAUUUUCUGCACCGUUGGUUUCAAGAAGUCCAGAGGAUUCAACUACGAGUAAAUUCUCAUUGCCUAAGAUAGCAUCUCGACUACCAACUCCUCCACAUAUCGGUUAUUUCUCCAUGCCCUUAAGUGGUCCAGGGACAGCAACAAAAUCACCGUCAUCCAGGCCUUUGGAAACUUCCCCUGGUUUAGACAAGUCCGGUGAUAUGUUCUCACCUCCUUUGACACCAAUGAUGUUAGCAAAUCAGCAUCCAACAUAAAGUUAGGCUUCUUUUUCUACCAAAGGUCUAUCGCGUAGUUAGAACUUCCUACUGUGCCUAUCUGCUUGUAAGUUGGCUCCUAGAAGAAGAUCACAAGAACAAGCCCCUGUACAGAAUUUUCUUGUUUGUGACCAUAAAAAUGCACACAAGUCAGCUAUAUAGGUAAAACAACAUGUUUGUCUAAAGAGCAUAGAUUAAACGGCAUAAAAAAAAGUUUGGAGAUCUGCUCUUCAAUGUUACGAAGUAUAUGAUAAAGUUCGACCAUUGGUAGAAAUUGUGCAGAAAGUUCUUCCUUAUGGUACUUGCAGAAAUUAGGCCUCUGUACAUGUUUUCAUAAUUAUUUUGAUAUUAUAAUAUUUAUUUGUUAAUAGGAGUAUCAAUUCUAAUAAUAGGGUUUUCCCGUUCUUUCGGGUAUUUUUUGUAGAGGAGAAAGCUUGUAAGAUGAUGAUGUUGUUUCACCAUAAUAACAUUACUCAAAAUCCAAUUACUCCUUA